GGUUACGUAGACGCAUAUUCUACUCUUAGGUGUAGUCUAUCCUAUACUUAGUGAAAGUUCAAGUGAUGUCUGGGGCCAAAUUGCUGCUGAGUCAGCAAAAACGAAAUUAAAAGGAAUGUCAUUAAAAGGUCAUAAUUAGUGAUUGAAGAACAUAAUGCUGUGCUCCUUACCAAGAGCUGGUCCAACAGCUUCAGCUGUCCUUAACAAUUAUUCUAUGGCCAUAACAUUAUCUGGAGAUACCUACAAUUCCCUGCAAGACUACCACCCUCCCUCCUGGGCCCAGCACAUCAAGCCCCAGCCCUCUCAAUAUGUACAGCUUGCAAUGAGGCCCACUCCCAUCCACCGCUGGGUGUUGCCAGGGGUACCUGAGGGAGUCCAGGUCUCUGUCAAGAGAGACGAUAUGACGGGAAGCCUUCUCUCUGGGACUAAAAUUCGUAAACUAGAGUUCUUGCUGGCUGAUGCCCUUCAGAAAGGGUGUGACAAUGUGAUCACCAGUGGGUUUAUGGAAUCGAACUAUGCUAGGACAACAGCCGUGGCUGCCAGGCAAUUAGGUCUGCAACCUCACCUGGUUUUGUGGUGGAGAGAAGGAGAGUUGGAUCAAAGUGCAGUGGGAUGCACUGGCAAUAUGUUUCUGAAUCACUGUGUGGGUGCUAAAAUAAUGCUCGUUCCUCCACUGAAGUACUCAAGCACAGUGAAGGGUGAGGAGAGCCUGAGGCAGAUUGUGGAGGAGUACUCACGAGUGCUGAAGUCACAGGGAGCUAAUCCCUACAUCGUACCUGAAGGCUCCGAUGAGCUUGGACUGUGGGGCUACAUUCAAGCAUUCCAAGAACUACUGGAACAAGGGGUCGCUGAGAGGUAUGAUGAUUUGGUGGUGGCUGUGGGGAGCGGAGGGACAGUGUGUGGACUAGCACUAGGCAACUAUCUCACAGGAUCAAAGCUCAAGAUCCAUGCUGUGUGCAUAUAUGAAGAUGCCGACUAUUACCAUAGACGCAUUGACAAAAUCCUUCAUGCAGCAAUGGGCCCUGAAACCAACUCAGAAGGAAAAGCACUACGCUCCCGAAACAUUGUGGACAUUAUUGAAGGCUAUAAAGGCCAAGGAUAUGGCCUCUCAACACAAGAGGAGCUGGAUCAACUGUUAGAGGUAUUUACUGCAACUGGUGUCCCUGUGGACCCUGUGUACACUCUGAAGGGGGUGAGGGGGAUGCUGUCAGAGCUCGCUGACAACCCGAGGAGGUUUGCUGGGAAGAGGGUGCUCUAUCUACACACUGGUGGAGUGUUUGGACUAUACGAUUGGACUAUACAAUUGUAUGAAAGAAUGGCAUAAGGCUAUUGAACAAUCAGACUUCUAUUAAUGUGUUCAGUUAGAUGUAUCAGUUAUAGCUGCAUAUAUUUUUGUUGGCAAGAGUGAACAACAAAAAAAACUUUCUUCAUCUUCUCACGACUUGUAAUAGGGAUCCGAAGUUUUUUUUCCUGG